UGUUAGGGGUGGUGGCUGCCCUCAGUUGUAGUGUAGAACAUUCGCUUAUUGCCUGCGUAGCACGUUUUGCGUAUUCUAGGUUUCACAGACGACGUUGGUUGAGAAACUAACAACGUCGACAUGAAAUCAUGCUCGCACUUGUUCCGUCUCCCAAACACGUUUUAUUUUGUUGCUAGUUGUACGGGAAGAACGCUUUUCCACAGCGAAUUUCUCAUCAAUUAUUGCUCGAAUUGACUUUUUGAAGGUUCAUUGGACUGAGCUUUUUGGAAUUGCAAAGUGCACUUCUAUAAACGUCUUCUGGACUUAAUAACAUCCUUGUUGCUGGCGGGCUUUCUUGUAUUUGGAACACCACAAGUACGUACGAUCGACUGAUUGAUUUUGUGUACUCUCUGCACCUAGUGAGUGCUCUUUUCUCGAUAGUCACUUCAAAAUGGUUCGGGUUCCAGAUUUUAUGAACCAAUUGUUCCGCAUGCGGUCCAGAGGUUUGUUGAGUGGUCUCAGCGUGUUGCUCGCCGAGUUUCCUCUUGUUAUGGCCAUCAUAGCUCGUGUUCCGUAUACAGAGAUCGAUUGGACUGCAUACAUGGAGCAAGUCCAGCUGUUUUUAUCUGGUGUUCGGAAUUACAAAGAACUUGUAGGCUGUACGGGUCCUCUCGUGUAUCCUGGAGGCCAUGUUUUGCUGUACACAAUACUCUAUUACUUAACCAACGGGGGCAACAACAUAUUGUUGGCUCAAGGCAUCUUUGCUGUGGUUUACUGUACUUGUGUAUUUACAGUAGGGCUUAUUUUAAGAACAGUAAGAGCCCCGCUCUACUUGUAUGGACUCCUGAUUCUCUCAAAAAGAUUGCACAGUAUUUUCAUUCUUCGGUUGUUUAAUGAUUCCUUUAACAGUCUUUUCGCAGCUCUUGCAAUUCUGUUUGCCUGCAAUAAACGCUUCUUUUGGGCGUCCAUCAUGCUCAGUUUGGCGUGUUCUGUCAAAAUGUCGUCUCUCCUUUACUUUCCUUCGUACUUUGUGAUAUUGCUGCAAGCUGUCGGACCCAAAAAGACCUGGCUUCAUGCGUUUCUCAUUGUGCUUAUACAGGUUGCUGUCUCGCUGCCUUUCAUCAGCUAUUUCUCAAAUUAUUGGCUUCAGGCUUUUGAUUUCGGGCGCAUGUUCGACUACACUUGGACAGUCAACUGGCGGUUUGUUUCAAAGGAAUUGUUUGAAUCAAACAUCUUUUCUACAGGCUUGUUAUUGAUUCAUAUUUCGUUUGUUCUUAUUUUCGCUUUCACUCGAUGGAACCGGAUUACGAAAGCUGGCCCCAUUGCUAUGACCAAAUCGAUGCUUACUCUGAAACCAUUACAACCAGUAACAGCAAUGACACCUCAGUUCAUACUUACUGCUCUUGCCGCGUCCAACCUCCUUGGUAUUGUUUGUUCACGCUCUCUGCACUACCAAUUCUACGCUUGGUUUGCAUGGUACACGCCUUACCUGAUGUACCAAGCUGGAUUCAAUGCAAUAAUGGUGAUCGGAUUGUCAAUGCUUCAGGAGCACGCUUGGAACGUUUUCCCGAGCACCGUUUCUUCCUCCAUUCUCGCCGUUUCCAUCCCUGCACUCACUCUCGCAAAGUUGUACCAGUCUACCGAUAACAGAAUUCGUUCCUAAAUUCCCUCCGCAAAAAAAGACAAACCACUACGCAUCUAUAGCCCACAAACUGUAACACAACAAACUAAUAAACAUACAUGACGAAUAGGACAAGCAGAUGAGGCAGCACGCGAAAAAUGAGCAAGUAAAAAUGGCAGCA